AGGUCGCAAACCCUAAAUCAGAUUGCUAAUGACAAGCUUGUGCGCCGUGGACUAGAAUUCUGACGGAAAAGAACCCCUACAACAACCAUCAUGUUGUCUUGCGCAUCAGUCUGGCCGUUCCUCUUCCUUCUCGGGAGCUUGUCAUCAGCUACCGCAUUUCAUCCCAGUGGUUUUGGGGGCUGGACUGAUGGGUUGCUGCGACCGCGAAGCAUCGCGGGGUCUGUCACAUCGCUGGGGUCACGAUGCUCGAUCAAGCUCAGUGCCUACCAUGGCAGAAAGGACGCUGCCAGCCGUGGGUUGGUGGGGAUAGCAGACAACACUCGAGAAGGAGGGGAUGAAACCAGGCGGCAGUUGUCAGCACAGGAGAAGAAAAUGCUCAAAGUCCUCAGUGAGCGGAUGAAAGCUCGGGACAAAAAGACGCCAGAGAAGCCGUCUGACGGCCGAGCUUCAGUCGAGUCGCAAGAGGUUGCCAUGGAGAAGCAGCGGCUGCAGGAGAAGCUGAACUUGAGAGACAAGAGCCUCUCGGUCAACUCGGUAGAAUCUCAGUUCUCCGGUUUCUCGGAUGAUAGCGUCGGACUGUCAGUCUCAGAGCUCUCGGAGACCAACGCCCAUUCCUCUCCUUCGCUAAAGAGAAUUCUUACCAACGAGAGCGCGAGCAAAGGGUUUUCCCCCAAGGCCAAGAAGGACAAGGUCAAGGAAAGGCAUGACGUGAAGCAGACACGAAGCGCUGAGCCAUCAUAUGUGAAGGGGGUUGGUGGGCUUCC